AUCGGAUGAGCAAGGGAGGGGAAGAAAGCGUCAUGUAUAAAAUCGAACUGCCUAUCAGAACCUAUCCGCAGUAUCCCAUCCGUUGUCCUGUUCAUGCUCGUAUUUCUCAUCGCGACGUGUUCUGAAAAAUGCUCCAUCUGUCCUCAGUACUUGUUGUAUAUUUAUUAAUUAAAGCGACGCUAGCAAGUUUUAUAGAGAGUAAUUCUGGAUGGCACGGAGUAUCUAAUUUUGGUGCUGCAAAUUACAAUUCUGGUAAUCAGAACUUAAACCUUCAUGAGGAUUUUUCUUCAUAUUCCUCUUUUGGAAAUGGUGGCGAUAUUCACAUAGACGUAGAUCAACAAUUUAAGGGCAGUAAUGUUCAAUAUACAAUCGCUGAAUCUAUGCCGAUCAGUCAGCACGUGGAAAUUACAAAACCAGUGGCAGUGCCAGUUAUAAAAAAUAUUGGAGUCCCAGUGGCACAGCCCGUGUCGAUACCCGUGCCUCAUCCUAUGGCGGUAGGCGUUGCUCAGCCCUAUCCCGUACACGUGCCGAUGGUCCAACCUGUCCCUGUACCGGUCGUGAAAACCAUCGCAAUUCCAGUGGAGAAGAAGAUACCGUAUCCGGUGGAGAAAAUCAUACCGGUGCCCGUGGAAAAGCCAGUGCCAAUAACUAUCGAAAAACACGUGCCCGUUCCAGUGGAGAAGCUAUAUCCGAUUCACAUACCAGUUUACAAGCACAUUUUCCAUCCAAGAAGAAAAAUAAAGAAACGCGGUCGUAAAAGGAGGAAGAGAUACUGAGGAAAGUUAUGUUAAAGUUAUUAGACGAGAUUCCAGCGAAUGACACGAAUAACUGUUGAUUCGUGAAACAUUUUUUCGCCAAGCCGGAUGACAUUAAAUAGCGAUGUAGUAAACUCGUCUUUCUUGAUAUAUAAUGAGUCUUGCGUACAAAA